CGUUAAGGUGCAACUUCCUGUUCACGAUCGACCUGCCGACUUUUGGCUUUGCCUAAAUUAUUUACUGUUUACUUUUAUGUCUGUGUUCACUUGAAUGCCUAAACGUCAAAGUAGUUACAUUAAUUUAGUCAAUGAUGGCAAAAGUUUUUCUUAAAGAAGAUAGGUAUGGGGAAAAACUGCUGAAAACUUUGAAUGUUCUAAGGAAAGAAAGAAAAUAUAGUGAUUUUUACAUAGAGACUAACUCUGGUCUAGUCCCAGUUCACCGUGUCGUGUUAGCUGCUGCAGAGAGCUGCCACUUGAAGUCAAUAGGUUUUCUAUGUGGUGAUAUAAAUACAUUUGAUUUAACAGAAUUUAAUAAGAAUAUUGUAGAGACAUUAGUAACCUAUUUAUAUACAGGAGAAGUAGAUCUUACUGGGGAUUCAGACAUUAAGGAUUUUGUAAAUCUCUGCCAAAAGUUAGACUUCCAAUCUCUACUGAAUCGAAAAGAAUUUCAAAAGGGCAAUAGUAAUGAAGUAUCAGAAAAGCACACCAAUGAGGUGUUUGAGAACAAUACAGUUAACAAUAAGGAUUCGAAGAGUGGACCACAUCCAAUUUACUUAGCUACGAAUCGUGAUGGACAAAUGUUUGUUAAAUCUGUUUCUUCUGUACAUUCUAAUGAUAAUCACAUAAAUCAUGAUAAUCAUGAUAAUCAAAACACUGACGUAUCAAAUACUCCUAAAUUAUCAGAAUCAACAGAAAGUGGUUCAUUACAAGAUUUUAUUAUCAAAAAGGAACCAAAUAGUGAUGAUGAUAAUUCUGAUAAUGAGUUAGAUUCUGUGGAAGAAGAAUCGGGUUCAUCUCAGUCUAAUAAAUCAAAACAAAAAAGACCAAAUAAGAAAACUUUGGAAGGGAAAAAUAAAAAGUUAAAAAGUUCUACGAAAUCUGUUAAACAAUAUGCUGAACAGUUAGUAUCUAAAGUAGUAGGAAUGGGGGAGGAAGGUGGUGAUGUUGAGGAAGAUUCAGGAGAUAACAAUGAUAAUGAUGAUGCUGGAGAUGCUGAUAACCAGGAGGAAAGUCAGAAAGAUUUUGUAAUAAAAGAAGAACAAGACACAGCUGAGAGAAAGAUACCUCACCAAGGAGCGUCAAACAGAGACCAAUCUAAUGCUGGCACAGAUAGAACGACAAAGAAGAUGCUAAAAUGUAACGACUGUGACUUUACUACACCUUGGCCGAGUAGUCUGUAUAGACAUCGCCGUAUCCACGACCAGAACAUGUUCUUCUGUGACCAAUGCGACUCUAGAUUUCCUGAUCUUUGUAUGCUGAAAGUUCACACUAAACAUAAACACGGAGAAGGUCUCAUUUGUACACACUGUUCAAAAAGGUUUACAAGUCUUGCUGGACUUAAUUAUCACUUGAAGAAAAUCAGUGGUGAAUAUAAACGAAAGUGUACUUUUUGUGAUAAAACCUUUAUUAGUAUACAGCAUUAUGAAAGUCACGUGAAUAAGCAUAAAAACAUAAAACCACACAAGUGUGACAUCUGUCAAAAAGCGUUCUUGUACAAAGCACAUUUAACUCAGCAUAUUGAAAAAGGUCACUCAGAAAAUAAUGAGCCACGAACAUACCAGUGUGAAGUGUGUGAUAUCAUACUGACAUCAAAAGCAGCACAUCGUGGUCACAUGAUCGGGAAACAUAGCAACAAUGUGCGAGUAUGUAGCACGUGCGGCAAAUCUUUUAACUGGGCUGCUAGUUACUACCGACACAUAAAAUCUCAUGCCUAAUCAUGCCACUAUACAAAUUAAAACAUCUCAUGCCUAAUCAUGUCACUAUACCACUAGUUUUGUUUGACAAUAUCUUCUCUCUCAGGAACUUUGUCAGCGGAUCGGAGGGAGUGCGUUUUCACUUUACAAGCGACCAAUGAAAUAACAAUAUCAGACGAGGGAGUGCGUUUUUUUACUUUAAAAGCAACCAAUGAAAUAACAAUACUGACUUAACAUCUUGAUAUAUUCGGCAGACUUACGAAAUAAAUUUGAAGUACAAAUGAUUGUUACCUUUA